AUGGCGACUACACUAUUCCGAACUGCCCCAGCUGCCAGAGCGGCUCUACGAGCUGGCUCUGUCAAACCCGGCGCAGCGGCUUUGGCCACUUCCUUCACUCGAGGCAAAGCUACGUUGCCAGACUUGUCUUACGACUAUGGCGCUCUCGAACCCUAUAUCUCCGGCAAAAUCAUGGAGCUCCACCACAAAGGCCACCACCAAGCUUAUGUCAAUGGUUUGAAUACCGCGCUAGAGACCAUCGAAGAAGCUAAGGCUAAGGGGGACUUCUCCCAAGCUGCCGCUGCCGCUCCCCUCCUUAACUUCAACGGCGGUGGACACAAGAACCAUACUUUGCUCUGGGAAAACCUAGCUCCUAACAGCAAGGGUGGUGGUGGUGAGCCAGAGGGUGCUCUUAAGUCUGCCAUUGACAAAGACUUCGGCUCCUUCGGUACUCUCCAGACGCAAAUCAACACUGCCCUAGCCGGCAUCCAGGGAAGCGGCUGGGCUUGGCUGGUCAAGGACAAGACUGCCGGAACCUUACAAGUUAUCACCAAGCCGAACCAGGACCCCGUCACCGGCAACUUCAUCCCACUGCUAGGCAUUGACGCCUGGGAGCAUGCUUACUACCUUCAAUACCAGAACCGCAAGGCCGAAUACUUCAAGGCGAUCUGGAAUGUCAUAAACUGGGGUACCGUAGCUCAGAGAUUGAGCCAGGCUUAA